AGGGUCUCACUCUAUUGCCCAGGCUGGAGUGCGGUGGCACGAUCUUGGCUCACUGCAACCUCUGCCUCCCAGCCUCAAGUGAUUCUCCCGCCUCAGCCUCCCAAGUAGCUGGGGUUACAGGUGCAUGCCACCACGCCUGGCUAAUUUUUUUGUAAUUUUUGUAGAGACAGGGUUUCACUAUGUUGCCCAGGCUGGUCUUGAGCUCCUGAGCUCAAGCGAUCCACUCACCCAGGCCUCCCAAAGUGCUGAGAUUACAGGCGUGAGCCACUGCACCCAGCCCUCUUUACCAUUUUGUUAACCUCAUUUCCCACCUCUGGAGAUGGUAGGGGCUUCCCAAGAAGAUCACUUGGACCUCUUCAAGUAUGGCAGCAAUAUUACUGGGCUGUUGGAGAGACUUUUGUUAUAGAGGCUCCCCUCUUGUGUCUUUCCUCAGAGGCAAGGAGUCAUUUUUGGUCACAUGAGGACAAAGAGGCCAGACCAGUAGUGCAUUCUGUUUUGCAUGGGAAUUGUCAAGGCUCUUUCAGUUUUAACUGAAACCCAACUCAAACUGGCCUAAGUCAAAAAGGAAUUGAUUCAUCUAUGUAACUGAAAAGAGUGGGCCACAAGGGGGAGGCUUCAGGCUAGCUGCAUCUAGGUUUUAAAUCAUGUGAACAGAUCUCCCUUUCCCCCUCCCCCAUCUCUUGACUCUGCUGUCAUCUGUGUUAGUUUCAUUCUGAAGCAGGCUUCCACUAUGAAAUAGAAGAGGUGGCAACUGGUGACAUCAUGAGACGACGUAUAAUCUGAGCAACCCUAACCAAGAACUUAUUUUCCUUAGUAGUUCCAGCAAAAAUCCAGAGAGGACUAUCCUUGGCCAGGCUUUACCCCAUGUCCACUUCUGGAGCCAAGAAAGGCAGUUCCUUCUCCAAGGGGAACCCAGGGUGUUGAUACUAGAAGAUGGAAAUGGUUACAGUAAGAUGCUGCCACAGUGAGAUGCCUCACCCAGGUCUCCCUCUCUCACUCCAGCCAAGCACAUGGGAUAGAAAGUAGCAGGCAGCCUCUGGCCCUUUAAUGGAAGAGGGCCAAUCCAGUCCUCUCCAGUUAACAUCUAGACUGAACACAAAGCAUCCUUCUCUCAUCCAGAAGACAUAGGAACCCUACCUUCAGGGAUGAUUUUUUUUAACAGUGAAAUCUUAAAAGUAACUGUUUCACUAAAGCCUCCAGUAUUUACUGAAGACUGUCAGAAUCAUCCUCCAUCACUAGAUCUUCUCCAUCAGUCAUGUUCCCUGAGCAGUGGGGUGACUUGAAGGUAUAAACCAGAGAGGCCCAAGGGAGGGAUAGUUAGCAGACUUCUGGUUUUUUUCUAGUUUGUGCUCAUCUGUUCCAAGGACCACAGGCUUCUUCUCAUCGCAGUGCUCCAGGCAGCCACUACCAAUCGAUUGGAGUUAGCCUGUGAGGAAACUGGAGAGGCGUGGCUGGACCAAGACCUCCCCCCAUGUGAGCAGGCUUCCUCCUCCCCCAACAACCGUUGCCACCACGCCCAGAAACAUCCUUAAGCCCUGGCCCUCAGGGGAAAGGUAACAGGAGGCCAGAGCCGGGACCAUGUGACGGCGCUGGCCCUCGCCACCGCCGUCCCCCCACCCUGGCCCCAGGCCUGGCACCAUGAUGUUCCGAGACCAGGUGGGCAUCCUCGCUGGCUGGUUCAAGGGCUGGAAUGAGUGUGAGCAGACAGUGGCCCUGCUGUCACUUCUGAAACGGGUCACCCGUACCCAGGCCCGCUUCCUGCAGCUCUGCCUGGAGCACUCACUGGCGGACUGCAAUGACAUCCACCUGCUGGAGUCGGAGGCCAACAGUGCUGCCAUCGUCAGCCAGUGGCAGCAGGAGUCCAAAGAGAAGGUGGUGUCCCUCCUGCUGUCCCACCUUCCCCUGCUUCAGCCAGGCAACACAGAGGCCAAGUCGGAGUACAUGAGGCUACUGCAGAAAGUGCUGGCCUACUCAAUCGAGAGCAAUGCUUUCAUCGAGGAGAGCCGCCAGCUGCUUUCCUAUGCCCUCAUCCACCCAGCCACCACACUGGAGGACCGCAACGCACUGGCCCUCUGGCUGAGCCACCUGGAAGAGCGGUUGGCUAGUGGCUUCCGCUCCCGGCCAGAGCCCUCCUACCAUUCACGCCAAGGCUCAGAUGAGUGGGGGGGGCCUGCAGAGCUGGGCCCUGGGGAGGCAGGGCCAGGCUGGCAGGACAAGCCACCCCGGGAAAAUGGACAUGUGCCCUUCCACCCAUCCAGCUCAGUGCCGCCAGCCAUCAACAGUAUUGGGAGCAAUGCAAACACAGGUCUCCCCUGCCAAAUCCACCCUAGCCCACUGAAGCGCUCCAUGUCGCUCAUCCCUACAAGCCCCCAGGUCCCUGGUGAGUGGCCGAGUCCAGAGGAGUUUGGGGCCCGGGCUGCUUUUACCACGCCCGAUCACGCACCUCUCUCGCCCCAGAGCAGCGUGGCCUCCUCUGGCAGUGAGCAGACAGAGGAGCAGGGCUCCAGCCGGAACACUUUCCAGGAGGAUGGCAGUGGCAUGAAAGAUGUGCCCUCAUGGCUCAAGAGCCUCCGCUUGCACAAGUAUGCAGCCCUCUUCUCACAGAUGAGCUACGAGGAGAUGAUGACACUGACUGAGCAGCACCUGGAGUCUCAGAAUGUCACCAAAGGUGCCCGCCACAAGAUAGCCCUGAGCAUCCAGAAGCUGCGUGAGAGACAGAGCGUCCUCAAGUCCCUAGAGAAGGAUGUGCUGGAAGGCGGGAACCUACGAAACGCUCUGCAGGAGCUGCAGCAGAUCAUCAUCACUCCCAUCAAGGCCUACAGUGUCCUCCAGGCCACCGUGGCUGCCGCCGCCACCACCCCUACUGCCAAGGAUGGGGCCCCGGGGGAACCACCGCUGUCAGGUGCUGAGCCUCCCCUAGCCCAUCCUGGCACAGACAAGGGCACCGAGGCCAAGGACCCUCCAGCUGUGGAGAACUACCCACCUCCACCAGCUCCAGCUCCCACUGAUGGCAGUGAGCCUGCCCCGGCUCCCGUCGCCGACGGAGACAUCCCCAGCCAGUUUACACGGGUGAUGGGCAAAGUGUGCACCCAACUGCUGGUGUCCCGACCAGACGAGGAGAACAUCACCAGUUACCUCCAGCUCAUCGAAAAGUGCCUGACUCAUGAGGCUUUCACGGAGACGCAGAAGAAACGGCUGCUAUCCUGGAAACAGCAAGUGCUGAAGCUCCUCCGGACAUUCCCGCGCAAAGCCGCACUAGAGAUGCAGAACUACCGGCAGCAGAAAGGCUGGGCAUUCGGCUCCAACUCGCUCCCCAUAGCUGGCUCUGUGGGGAUGGGAGUGGCCCGGCGUACCCAGCGGCAGUUCCCAAUGCCUCCCCGGGCCCUCCCACCCGGCCGGAUGGGCCUCCUGAGCCCCUCGGGCAUUGGGGGUGUCUCCCCUCGACAUGCCCUCACCAGCCCCAGCCUUGGAGGCCAGGGCCGACAGAACCUGUGGUUUGCCAACCCUGGAGGCAGCAACAGCAUGCCCAGUCAGAGCCGCAGCUCUGUGCAGCGCACCCACUCGCUCCCGGUCCACUCGUCACCCCGGGCCAUUCUCAUGUUCCCUCCAGACUGCCCGGUUCCUGGGCCUGACCUGGAGAUCAAUCCCACUCUGGAGUCUCUGUGUCUGAGCAUGACAGAACACGCCUUGGGUGGGGAUGGCUUCAAGUACUUUAAUAAAGAACCAUGUACUCAGUCGUCUUUGGAAGAGUGGUCUCCAAACGCUUGACUGGAGGGAUCCCUUCUGGAGGGAGUCUCCAAAAGCUUAAUCCCUGAACUGCACGGCGAGGAGGAGGGGAACACCUGAAUCUCAGAAGGAACCCGACCCUUCGUCAAAGGUGAGCGCUUCAUGAC